UGUUGCGCCUCGGACAAGUUCCCGAGCUGAGAGAAAUCAGUCCACCAGUGAGACAGAGAGCAGAAGAGAAGAGGAGAAGAAAAGAGGAGGAGAAGACUGGAAUAAGGGGAUUCAGGGGAUUUAGUAAAGGGUUCAUCACAGUCAUGGCUACUGAAACGACGUCUUGUACAGGCUCCACUGUGCUGAAGCCCCUCAGCGACAUGGUUGACCUUCCCUUGGACCAGGUGAACUUUGUGGCCUGCCAGCUCUUUGCUCUGCUCACGGCCUGCUGGUUUCGGCUCUAUCUGCACCCCGGCAAGACCAGUCCCUUUAUCCGGCAUGUUGUAGCCACACUGCUGGGCUUCUACCUGGCUCUCUUCUGCUUCGGCUGGUAUGCUUUACACUUUCUGGUCCAGAGUGGACUGACCUACGGUAUCAUGAUCUUCACCGGGGUGGAGCACAUGCACAGAUACUGCUUUGUGGUCGCUCUGGGCUACCUCACCCUCUGUCAGAUCACUCGGGUCUAUGUUUUUGACUACGGAAUGUACUCAGCAGACUUCACCGGGCCCAUGAUGGUAAUCACACAGAAGAUCACCAGUUUGUCAUUUGAGAUCCAUGACGGUCUAGCAAAGAAGGAAGAGCAUCUCAAGCCUACUCAAAAGUACCUCGCUGUCAGGAAAAUGCCAAGUCUUCUAGAGUAUUUGAGUUAUAAUUGUAAUUUCCUGGGAAUCCUGGCGGGUCCCACAUGCUCCUACAACGAAUACACUGCCUUCAUCGAGGGCACGGGCUACCAGCACAAGCAUGUGGAGUCAAACGGCAAGGAGAAUGGCAAAUUCAAGCAGAGUGACCCCUCACCGAAGAGAGACGUGCUGGUGAAGCUGGGCACUUGUGCUCUUUGUCUGCUGGUCUACCUUACCUUCUAUCGCAUAUGUCCUGUGGAGCGUGUCAUCGACGACCCAUAUAUCACCUCCCAGCCCUUUUACCUGCGCAUCCUCUACCUCUACCUGUCCAUGCUCAGCCUGCGGCCCAAGUACUAUUUCGUAUGGACACUGGCUGACGCGAUAAACAAUGCUGCCGGUUUUGGCUUCAAUGGUUACCACAAAGACGGCACCCCGAGAUGGGACCUGAUAUCAAACUUGAGAAUACUGGAUAUAGAGCUUGCUACAAGCUUCAAGACAUUCCUCGACAACUGGAACAUUCAGACAGCGCUUUGGCUUAAAAGGGUAUGUUAUGAGCGCUGUCCAUACAACCCAACAGCAGCCACAUUCCUGCUGUCUGCCAUAUGGCAUGGAGUGUACCCAGGAUAUUACUUCACCUUCGUCACCGGCAUCGUCAUGACACUGGCAGCCCGGGCAGUAAGACAUAACGUAAGACAGCACUUCCUGGGCUCCUCUACACACAAGCUCAUCUACGAUGUGAUUACGUGGGCCAGCACACAGAUCGCUAUAUGCUACACAGUGGUACCGUUCGUGGUGUUGGCAGUCGGACCUUCGCUGAGGUUUUACUGGUCCUGGUACUACUUUCUGCAUGUGAUCUGUGUCCUGCUGGUCCUUGCCCUUCCUGUGAAGCGCAGAUCAUCACGUGACAAGCUGCAGGAGAAACAGACCCAGUCAGUAGGGGCGAACAACUUCUCCAUCACAGACAGCAACUGCAACCAGAAAGAGAAAACCUCCUGAAAGUCCAGGAUGUCCCUCACGUCCCUUCACCUCGUACAACUCAGAGCUGUGAGGAACUCGCCUCAAGACCGACGAGCCCGAGCGGCUCUUUUCUCUCCCUCCAACCUAACCCAAAUGGGAUGUUACUAAAACGUGAUUAAGGACAGACGAGCGAUUGCGGUGAGCCUCAGAGAAUGACACUGGGGCUGAUUGCGCUUCAGUUUACAAUGGGGAAAAAAAACCUUGGCCAGUUCGAGGCUUUAAUUGGUCACAGUGAUUUGCUAACAAGAGGAAUCGAUUGGGUCUUAAUGGAGCUUAACAAAUACAAGUUGCCUUAAAAACCCUCUAUUUACUAUCCAGUGCUCAGCAGACUGGCGUUUGAGGAAGGAACAUUUGAGACCAGCUCUCGCAGUACUUAGUGGGUUUUUUUUUUAAUUAUCAACUAUUCAACAAUUAUACUUUUGAUUGUUGUUGUUAGUUUUGUGUGUGUGUGGGGGGGGGUGUUUGAUAAAGAAAUGUAAUUGAUGCCAAUCUCUCAUAGGCCAUAGCUUCUUGAUUUAAGCGGUGGUCGUUGAUCUGUUCGAUACAUAUCUGCUUCAUUUGGAACGAAGGGGUUUAUUAGUUUACUUUAAGGCCGAAUUCAGUUCAAGAGCUUUUAGUGUCUCUGCAGUUACUGUCGUCAUCGUCUGACGUCACAGGAAUCACACCUAGAGCUUGUAUUGUGGUGUAUCUGCUAGGACCGUACAGAUUUUUUUUACAGUACACCAUUUGUCGUAUCCGGAUUUUUGUAUUCUGACUUUCUACUGCUGUACAUUAAACUGAAGGACCGUCGCAUCUUUGUACCCUUGUUUUUUAUUACAGCAUACGUUUGGCGUCGGUCCGGCGCACUUCCUGCAGUUCAGAUCAAUUUCAUCUGGAGUGUGAAGGAUGUUUGGUAGAAGUGUUAGCAGCAGAUGCAGUAGAGGAUUCAAUAGUGUUUAAGUUGAAGAUGGUAAACAUCAUAAAUGAGAAAAAAGGAUUAUUUUAGAAAGAACGUACACAAACCGACCAGUGUGGCAUGUACAGGAGCACGUUUCUGACACAUCAUAAAAAAAAUUCCUUCAGCAUCUCCUUAUUAUGAGAAAAUUAUCAAAAAAACAACGGUAUUGCAAGAAAAACUAUUCAUUAUUGUGGAAAAUAAAAAUCAGUUUACAUCUGGUUUUUAUUCCAAAUCAUCUUUGAUUAUUAUGAAAAUGAUUGAGUUAACUGUUAACUAACCGAACACGUUUACUACAAAGGUGAUUCUCUCUUAAUAAUAAGCUUUUUAUGUAAAAACGUGAUCUUCCAACUAAGCUUUUUUUCAUCCUAAGAUUUCUCGUAACAAUGAGAUAUUUCUCAAGAUUAAUAACGAGAUUAUUGUCUUGUAACAGUGAGAGAUUUCCUCAGAAUAACAAGAUGUUUCCUCCUAAUAAGAUCAUGAGAUAUCCACUAACAACAGCACAAGCUUUCUUGUUGUUGUGAGAUGGUUUUGCUCUUGCGUUGCAGGAAAGCGCUUCCAUUAGCACACGCAAGGCCGCUUGGCAAACAGCUGAUUACGCCACAUGUAUUAGUCUCUGUAUCCGCUAAUGUAAAACCACCCAUCAGGAAUUGUUUUUUUUUUUUUUCUUCAGUUCACAGUAACAUUUUAUCCUAUUUUUAUAAUCCUGUUUAGUUGAACAAUUAUACCCUGCUGUAUUUAACGCUUAUAUAAUCCCAUCUCUGCUUAAAUACCCAGAGACGUCAUUGUGUCGGAAUUUAAAGAACGCAACGUAAACCAAACCAAACGGCAACGCUAGCUUUUGGACUCCUAUUUUCUUAUCAGCACUGAGCAGCAUAACUACCCCAAAGACAGUACGGAAAGAAACAGUAGAUUAUCUAUCGUUUGAACAAGACAAUUGUUUCAACCACAUGACCAGCACAUCAAUGCCAAACUGCUUCGUAUGUCCAAAGUGCCAAAUCGCUGCACUGUGCACGCUGUCUGGAUGAAAGCACACACUCACUGUGUUUCUACAUUGAGCAACAAGGUGAGAGGUUUUGCACUAAAGGAAUUCAGAAAUUCAAAGAAGUGGCUCAUUUGGUUGUAUCUCGUUUGGUUGUUUACAUGCAAGAUAUAUUCUAUGAAACAAAUAUAUAUGAUUUAAAGAUACGGAGAGAUUUUGGUUCUUUGGAAGGUGAUGUGAUGAAGCUCUGAUGUAGACAUGAGUGCAGAACAAUACAGGAGAAUAUUGUGGGCUUUUCUAAGUGCUUUUUAGUUAGUUUUAUUUAUUUUUUUAAAUGUUCCAUUAGCAAUCUUGGAGGGGAAAAGUACAAAAUUGAAAGAUUAAGGAAGACAUUACAAUGCAAACUCAUGUCAAGAAGGUGUUAUUUAUUAAUAAACUCGGACCACGAUGUCGUCCGUGUCUGUAAGUCUGAAUGUGUGUGAACACUCGUCUGGUGUAAAUAUGGACCAUUUGUUUAAAUUUGUAUUUGUCAGUCAGAUGUCAGCUGUUUGUCAGUAAGAAGUUCUCUGUUUUGUCGAGGUCCAUGUUAUGAGUAUAACGUCACCUGGUUUUAUACUGAUACUGGAAUGGAGAUCUAGUCAUGUUUUACACAGUCAUCGUUCACGGGACAUCCGGUGUGUCAUGAAUGGAGGAACGGAGUAGUGUUGAGAGAUUACUGUAAAUCAGGAUCGUUUUUUCCCCCUUCCUUUUUAAUUCAAAACCGGCCACUUUAUUAGGAACAACUAAUCAUUAUGUGGCAGCCGCACAACAACAACAACAACAACAACAAAAAUCAUGGAGAUUUUUGGAGAUUGUGUGUUUGUGUGUGUGAUUAUUUCUCAAUAACCAAAGCAGCCCACUGGUACCAACAAACUAUACCAUGAUCACGGAAACCACACUUUUUCCUCAUUCUGAUGAUAUUAAAUAACAAUAAAUAAUUUAUCUGAUGUUAAUAAAUAAAUUAAAUAACUGCAUAAACAAGCAGGUGUACAAGUGUUUCUAAUAAAGUGGCAUACUAUACCCAAAGCUGCACAAGUAUUACACAGUGUCCACUAAACAGAUUUGAGGCUAAACCUCUGCUAAAGUACGACUGAGAUGUAAGUCCAUGUGUAGGUCUAAUAUAUAGAUACAUGUUAAACUGAAUAUACCGAAAGCCAGUAUCACAGCCAGCAGAUGGCAGAUGGGCAGGUCAUUUAUUAUGUGCCCCAAAAACCUUGUAGUGUCAGUCUUUACAUCCUGUACACUUUAUUACUUCUACAGUUUUUCUCAUCUUGUUAUCAGACAUUGCAUGAUGGAUACGAUGUUCUCUCUGUGACAGGGUCGGUUUGUUAUUUGCGGUCUAAAUUGCAGUUUAAGGGAAGCUUUCUUUUCUUUUUAUUUUUUCUUUUUUUUCUUUUGGCCUAUGUGUGUUGACAUUUCUGUAAAGCCUUUUUUUUAGAUUCAUAAUGUAAAGUGAUUACUUCUUAUUUUCAUCAUGAUCAUAAUGUCAAACGGAGAAUAAACAAUGUUUGCCUUUGUGGGAUUUGUUUAACCAUUUAGUCUUUUUUUUUUUUUCAAAUUGUCAAAAAUCUAUUUUAUUAUUAACAUGGGGAUUUUUUUAAAACUGACAUGAAAGUCUGGCUGACAUGAAUUCUGAGAUUGUUCUUCACAUAUUUUCUAAACACUGUGAUUUUUACCUCAUUCAGAUUAUAUUUUAAAGAAAUACUUAUAUCAUUCUAACGAGCCUAGGAAGUUGCUUCAUCCUGUAUUGUAUGACGUGUGUUUGUCAGCGAGCUACUGAUUUAACCAGAUGAUUAAAAUGUUUAUGAACGUG